AUGGGGGGCCUGGAGCUGGAGCAACUGGGAGUGAGGGGCGUGGAUGCAUCCUCCAUCGAGCAAGAGGUCCUGGCGAAGGCGCAGGAGGCGGGCGCGGCGCCGGCGGAACCCGCUGGCGACGACCCGGCUGGCCAGCUGCAGCAGCUGCGCGCCGUGCACCGUGAGCUGCGUGCCGUGGCAGCCGCAGUGGAGGGAUUCCAGCAGCAGGAGGAGCAGGCGGCCGAGAAGCAGCAGGAGCAACAGCAGGAGUCCGAUGCGGACGCAUCGCUGCCGCUACCGCCGCCGGCCACCACGGCAGGCGGGGCCCUACAACGGGCGGUGAUGCAGCAGCGCUUAGCUGGCCUGCAGGCCCGCAAGCAGCAACUGGAGGAGUCGCUGGCCGGCCUGGGCAUUGUGUCGCCAGCAGCAGGGGAUGCUGCCGGCCCGGGGCCCUCCACCCAAGCAGCAGCGUCCGGCACGGCCCCACCGGCGGCGAAGCAGCAGCCGCAGCGCAGGCCGACAGCGGCGGCAGGGCAGCUGCCCGCCGGCGGCGGCGGCAAGAGGAAGGGCAAGCAAAAGGUGCAGUUUGAGCUGGAUGCCGACGCAGACGUCUUUGCCGACGCAGAGGCGGCGGCAGGCGGCGGCGGCGGCGCCAGCAGUCAGGCGGGGCUGGUGGAGACGGAGCGAGACCGCCUCAUACGCCUGGGCAUCCUGACGCCAUUCGACCGCCUGGACGGGUUCGAGCGCAGGAUAGAGCGCGGACCGUGGCAGCAGCAGCCGGCGCCGCCCUCUGCCGCUGCCGCCGGCGAGGCCGGCGAUGCCGCAGGGGGCACCUCGCAGCAGCAUGCGGCGGCAGCGGCGGCCGGCGGCCCCCAGACGCAGCAGCACGACAGCAUUCGGCGGGUGGGGGAGGCGGUGCGGGCGGCCAGGGCGGCACGCCCCACCUCCAUCCUUAUGGAUAUGGCCGACCUGCCCCGCCGCGACCGCCCCGGCAGGCGCAUCGAUGAGGGCUUCUGGCGCCAGUCCGCCUCUGGCAAGGUAGCGCCGGUCAAGAAGAAGCGGCGGCGCACGCUGGCGCCCGCCAGGCGCCCGCGGCGGCGGCGCGGCGGCGGCGGCGGCGGCUCGGAGGAGGAAGAGGAGGAGGAGGAGGGUGGGGAGGCGUCUGAGGCUGACCUGGCCAGCAGCGGCAGCAGCGGGGCGGAGGCGGAGGCGGGCUCUGGGGCGGGAUCUGGGGAGGAUCUGGGCGGCGAGUUUGAUGAUGCUGAUGACGGCGCGUUUGAGGAGCGGCGCGCCUCCUUCCUGCGCCGCCAGGGCCGCCAGCAGCAGCGCAAGGCGCGGCGCCGGCUGCGCCGCGCGGGCGGCGGCGGCAAGCGGAUGGGCGAGGGUGGCGGGGAGGGGGCGGAGGAUGAGGAUGCGCCUGCGGGUGGAGGCGGCGGCGGCGACAUGGAGGGCGUGGUGGCGGAGGGUUCAGGGCAGGAGGCGGAGGAGGAGGCGGAGGCGGCGGAGGAGGAUGUGGUGUUUGAGGGCGGAUUCAGCCUGCCCGCCGACCUCUACGCCCGCCUCUUUGACUACCAGCGCACCGCGGUCAAGUGGAUGUGGGAGCUGCACACGCAGCGCGCGGGCGGCAUCAUCGGCGACGAGAUGGGGCUGGGCAAGACCAUACAGGUCAUCGCCUUCCUGGCCGGCCUGCACCACAGCGGCCUCUUCCGCCCCUCCCUCAUCGUCUGCCCCGCCACCGUGCUGCGCCAGUGGCUGCGCGAGCUGCGCGCCUGGUGGCCCCUGUUCCGCGUCGCGCUGCUGCACGACUCGGCGCGCGGCAGCGGCGCAGGCGGCGCGCGCCCCUCGCGCCAGCGCCUGGUGCGGCAGAUUGCAGAGAGCGACUGCGGCAUCCUGCUGACCACCUACGAAACCAUGCGGCUGCAGCGGGCGGACCUGCUGGGCGUGGAGUGGGGGUAUGUGGUACUUGAUGAGGGGCACAAGAUCAGGAACCCGGAUGCAGAGGUGACGCUGGCGGCCAAGCAGAUGCAGACGGUGCACCGCCUCAUCAUGUCUGGCUCCCCCAUACAGAACCGCCUCACAGAGCUGUGGUCCCUCUUCGACUUUGUGUUCCCUGGCAAGCUGGGCACCCUGCCCGUCUUCACCGCGCAGUUCGCGCUGCCCAUCCAGAUCGGCGGCUACGCCAACGCAUCGCCGCUGCAGGCACGUCCAUGCACAGCCAGCCCAGCCCAGUCCAGCCCAGCCCAGCCAGCAGCGCAGCGCACGCGGGUGUCCACCGCCUACAAGUGCGCCGUCAUCCUGCGCGACCUCAUCGCCCCCUACCUGCUGCGCCGCCGCAAGGCCGACGUGGCGGCGCAGCUGCCGCAGAAGACGGAGCAGGUGCUGUUCUGCAUGCUGACGUGGGAGCAGCGGGACCUGUACCGCGGCUACCUGUCCAGCAAGGAGCUGCGCGAGAUCUUUGCGGGCAGCCGCACCGCGCUGGCGGGCAUCGACCGGCUGCCCAUGUGCUGCGCGCGGCCUGCUCCUGCAGAUGGCAUCGAGACCGCCAGCCUGUUUGCCAGCCUGGGCACAGAGGUGCUGCCCGAAGAGGGCCUAGCGACAGAGGAGGGGCAGGAGGGGCAGGAGGGGCGGGAGCAGGGGGCACACUCCAGCGACAGAGACGACUACUCAAGUGAGGCCGGCGAGGGGCAGCAGCAGCGGCGGGCCGCGCCCCGCGGCGCCAACGGCCAGCUGCGCUACCACGGCAGCGACGGCGGCGGCGGCGGCCCCGACCUGCCGGCCGGCGCGGGCGUGCGGGCCGAGGCGGCGGCGCCGCGGGCAGGCGGCGAGGCGGAGGGCGGCGCGGGGCAGCGGGGCGACGCCGGCAUUCUGAAGGAGCUCUUUGAGGGGUCGGGUGUGCGGGGGGCGAUCGACCACAGCAAGGCGCUGCGCCAGUCGCGCCUGCAGUGCCGGCAGGCGCCCGUCAGCCAGCCCACAUGGACAGGCAGGUCUGGGGCCGCGGGGCUGCCUGGCGGCGGCGCCGGCCAGCCGCGCUUUGGGCGGGCAGCCAACCCGCGCCUGCAGGCGGCGGCGGCCCAGCAGGAGGCGGCGGCAGCCGCGGCGGCGGCCGCGCUGGGCGGCGGCGGCGGCGCCCGCCGCUUUGGCGGCGCCGCCGUCGGCGGGCCCAGCGGUACCGCCGGCUUGCAGGCGGGCAGCGUCAUGGGCGCGGCGCCGCGCAGCAGCGACAUCCUGGCGCGGCUGCGGGAGCGGCAGGCGGCGGUGGCCAGCGCCGCGGCGGCGGCGACCGCGGCAGACCCCGCUGUGGAGCAGGCACAGCUGCUGGCUGCCCAGGUGGCUUCCUUCCUGGAGGCGCGCGGAGGCGCCGCCGCCUCCACCGACCUGGUGGCACACUUCCAGGCCAGCGUGGGCGCCGCCCAGCUGCCGCUGUUCCGCGGCGUGCUGAAGCAGGUGGCCCGGCUGCAGCGGCGCCCAGGCGGCGGCGGCAAGGCGUGGGUGCUCAAGCCCGAGUUUGCGUCUGGCGGCGGCGGCGGCGGUGAGGGGGAGGGGCUAGGCCCACCUGUGGACCUCAACGACGCCAACCUGUGA